AUGCUGUGCUCUAAACAAGGUCUAAUCUGGAUCCAGUAUCUGGAUGUGAACCUGAAGUGGGUCCAUGGGGAUUGGGGACGAGUCCCGAGCAGCAGCAUGCACCGCCCGGCGCGUCACGACAGCCCGGCUCGCAGCCCCUGCAGGAGGCAGCAGGAGCCGCCGCGCAGCCCGGACGCCUCUCCGCCCCGAGCGGGCUUCAGGACAGGGCACAGCGGCGCAGGGUCGGGCCCCUCGCACCACGGGACCACCCGCAGCAAGCGGCACCUGGAGGGCGUCCUGAGGAAGUACACCAACCUGCUCCACGGCUGGCAGAGCAGAUAUUUUGUACUGGACCCAGAUGUUGGUCAGCUCCAAUAUUAUUUAAAUGAACUUAGUAAGAGCCAGCGGCCUCCCCGUGGAUCUCUGCCUCUCCUCGGGGCAAUGGUGGUCUCUAGCAACGAGUUUCCCUACAUGUUUACUAUUCAGGCCACUACCGGGGAUUUUUACAAACUCAGAGCACCGGACGCCAAGCAACAAGAGUUAUGGAUGACUCAGCUACAGUUGUGUUCCAGACGGCACUCUGACAGCAGCGCCAAGGUGGUGAGCCAGACUGAAGGACAGCAGAAGAACCUGGUCACCUCUAUCGAGUCCCUACCCCCCCGAGGCGGACCACUCUCUUCUCUGGAUGAGGAUCUCCUCCUUUUAAAGGCCACCUCUGCAGCCACGUUGAGCUGCCUUGGGGAGUGCCUCAGUUUGCUGCAGCACAAUGUUGUCCAGGCCCUCAACCAGAACCAAAACCAGAACCAGAACCACGUCCCUUGUCUGAGCCUCAACCACAGUGCGGGUGGUAUGAAUCAGGCAGUUCCAACAGAAAGAGUUAAGCCGUGGACUCAGCGCUGCAGCUCCGGUGUGAACCAGCUGGAGCCUGGUGGCCUUAGCUUCAGAAGUCAAAGCCCCACCCACAGCUUGAGUGAAAACCGGAGUCCUACUCACAGCAGCUACAGUGCAGGGUCAGGAAGUGGCCACAACCACAUCCAGAGUCAUGCAGACAGCUCCACUGGAUGGUCCAGAUCGUCUUCUGAGAAGCAGGUGAAAAAUGGCCUUCAGACACCUCCCUCCUCCUUCUGGCCUUCGACCCAAACCCACACAAAGCCAGUCGUCCCUUCAGAGCCGGGGUCUGCCCCCUUGUCUCUCUGUCCGUCUCUCUGCAUGGUGGACAUGAAAUCCAGCAGGACUUCCUCCAAGUCAGCGGUGGUGCAAUGCCAGCCAAAUAGCAUCAGGAUCUGCAGUCCAGACACAAUACAUCCUGAUGACGAGACCACAGACACAGAGGACAAUGAUGAGGAAGACCUGGGAGUUCUGGACGACCAGCGAAGCAUCAUCAUUCACCUUCUCUCCCAGCUCAAACUUGGCAUGGACCUGACUCGUGUGGUGCUCCCUACAUUCAUCCUGGAGAAGCGCUCCCUCCUAGAGAUGUACGCCAACUUCAUGGCUCACCCUGACAUGUUCCUCUCCAUCACCUCCGGCUCCACACCAGAGGAGCGGAUCAUUCGCUUUGUCGAGUACUACCUGACUGCCUUUCAUGAAGGUCGGAAGGGUGCUGUGGCCAAGAAGCCAUAUAAUCCCAUCCUGGGGGAGAACUUCCACUGUUCUUGGUAUGUGCCCCGGGACCGUGUUCGACCUCUCAAGACCACUGUUCCCAGUUCAGCACCCAUAGCCCCCUCUAACGUUCCCAGGUCCUCACAGAGGGGGACAGAUGGCGGCAGCAGAACAACGUCCAACUGCUAUUGUGUUCGCUUUGUGGCUGAGCAAGUGUCCCACCACCCACCUGUAUCAGGCUUCUACUGCGAGUGCAAGGAGAGGAGAAUGUGUGUCAACACUCAUGUCUGGACCAAGAGCAAGUUCAUGGGCAUGUCUGUAGGACUCUCCAUGGUUGGGGAAGGUGUGCUGUAUUUGUUGGAGCAUGAUGAGGAGUAUGUGUUCACACUGCCAUGUGCUUACGCCCGCUCAAUCCUGACUGUGCCCUGGGUGGAACUCGGGGGAAAGGUCACUAUCAACUGUGCCAAGAGUGGGUACUCUGCCACUGUCACGUUCCACACCAAACCAUUCUAUGGAGGAAAAGUGCACAGAGUAACAGCAGAGGUGAAGAACAACCACACAGGGAACAUAGUGUGUAAGGCCCAGGGAGAGUGGAAUGGGAUUCUGGAGUUCACCUACAACAACGGGGAAAACAAGGUGAUCGAUACCUCCAAACUGCCAGUCAUCAAGAAGAGGAUCCGGCCUGUGGAGAAGCAGGGCCAGUAUGAGUCACGGUGUCUUUGGCAACAUGUGACAGCAUCGCUAGAGGCAGGAAAUAUGGACACAGCCACAGAACACAAACACUGGCUGGAGGAGAGACAGCGCAGUGAGGGCAAACAGAGAGCGACCACCAAAACCCCCUGGAAACCCAAGUAUUUUAUCAAAGAGGGUGAAGGCUGGGUGUACCACAAUCCUCUUUGGAAAGCUCACUGA